AGAAAGCGAAAGUAAACGCGGCCACGUUACUUGCAAGUCACGUGAUUUAGGAUAAGCGCGAGGAACGGUGACGCUCCUCCUCCUCCUGCUCCCCCUCCUGCAAGUGUUAAAGGGAAAGUAAAACAUGUUUCCAGUGCGGUCGAGUUGCAAGCCGCAGCAUCCCUCUGCAACUCUGGUAUCUGUACUUCUACUUUAGUACAACUCUGCCGUGAGAUUUUUCAAAUCUAAAAUAUGCGACACGUUGGCCCGUGACUUCUGUCAAACGGGGGAUCACAUCAGGAAGCCGCCAGCCUUCGUCAUUCAAUGUGGACUGCAAGCACCAUGGUGUCACAAAGUGGGCCCGACCAGUUGAUGGCGCCCGGAGCAGAGGUUCUGCCGGCGGCGAACAGUGGAGAAAAUGGUCCAAUAUGAGGAUUUCCAGUGGAGGUUUCCCAAUAAUAGGAUGGUUAGAGAGAAGCCUAAAAGAACAGUAAGAAAGAAAAACGAUGUAAAACAACAGAAGCAAAGUCAAGCUCCUGACGAGCCUGCCACACCUCAACAAGUUCAGAAUCCAGAACAAAAGAACAAGGACACCACGGAGAGGCCGCAGGACGCGCUGCACUGGAGCCACCUGCACAGUCUACACCUCUCAGACGAACAACUUGAAACCUGGUGUAAGAAUGGACCGGAAGCUGCCAACUUGCCCACUCACCUGCGUCCAUUCAGCAGCCCGGAAGAGUACAAACUUGUGAAGCGCACUCACCAGCAGCUCCAGCACAGCUCCUACUACUGGGGAGCGAUGACCAUGGAGGAGGCGCACAAAAUCCUCACACUGGCGUCACCAGGCUCCUUCCUCAUCAGAGACAGCGGGCAGCCGGACGUGUUCUUCACACUGAGCUACCACAGCGACGACGGGCCAACGAGCAUCCGCGUGGUGCUCCGCAAGCUGCUCUUCGGUCUCUGCGGGAGCCAAAAGACUUUCGCCUCCCUCUUCGACCUGCUGGCUCACUACAGCAGCCCGUCGUGCAAACUGACCACGCCGUAUCGCAGGCAGCAGCCCGAGCACCUCAAGCAGAUCUGCAGGAGGGCUCUGGUCCACACGUAUGGAGUGGAGAACAUAAGAAACUUAACUGGGCUCAGUUGUGAAGUGAAAGACUACGUUUACGCAUAUCCUCACUCCAUAUAGUGGAAACAUACGCUUUUGUGUGACAUUUCAGGAUGAAUUUAAAACGCACUAGAGUAAUCCCUCGUUUAUUUCGGGGGUUAUGUUCUAGACCAGGGAUGUCAAACAUACGGCCCACGAGACGGAACAAUCUGGCCCUCGGGAUUAGUUUAACAGUGCAAAAUUACACAAGACAUUGUGGUUGUGGGGAAUAAGGAUGAUUUUGAGAAUUAUUAUGCUCAGGUUUGUGCUUUAAAAUAUAAUCACUGUGAUCAGUGAGGAUCCACACAUGACAAUCAGGAGCAAAAUUUCCUCAAGAAAUCUUGAGUUUGUUUUGUACAAUUACACACAAAAAAACAUUGCAUCCAAAGAGCUUCCUAAUGUACAUGUUUUGUUUUGCAUGAAAACAAAGGGGAAACCUUUGUGUUACAGUAUUUAUUUGUAUAUUACGUAUUGUAUGAUUUUAGUGGUCCGCCCCCUUUGAGAUUAAAUUAGUAUUUUAAAGCUCCUGAGGGGUACAUAUUAUUUUUGUCCACUUGGUGUCGCCAAUGUCAUCACGUUCUACAGUACUGUAGUCUCUGUGCCUACAUCUGACUGAAAGC